AUGUCAUCGACGAGCAGCGUCUGCUCGUCAAAUGAAGCAGACUUCAUUAUCGAUACAAGGAUUCCUGCUUCGAUUCGACGGGAUAUUGACCGAUUUUCAAUAUUCAUCAAUCGCCUUCGAUCAACUCUCGACGUGAACACUGCAAUCGUCGAUGGCGAGCAAAUGUGCGUAAAUGUGCACGCGGCACUCGAGAUGGUGUCAGAGUCGAUGCGGGACCUUUUCAAAUAUCCUCAAUUCAAAACCAAUCCAAUUAUUUUGCCGUCGCUUCAACUCGUCCAAGCCGUCAAAGACCUGAAAUUCGAUACGUGCUCCGUCGACACGAGCCCCGUCAUCAAUAUCAUCGAUCAGCUCGAAUCAGCUGUGCUCAACAUUAUUUUAAAUCGUCACAUCGUAACAUCGGCACAUCAUACGCCGACGAGGAGUUCAACAUUGGGUCGUUGGAAGCAAAAUAACUCACUCGAAGCUUACCCACGUCAAUCAAAUAGUGUUUCUUUGACACUUCAACGACGACAUUCGACUCAUCAAACUGCGAUUUCCGAUGGAGUCGGCCCAUUUGAUCAAUCGCAAAACGAUCGUCUGAUGGAAAUCGACAAACUACUAGUUGCCCGUUCUGACGGUGUCGACGUCGCGUUCGAAAGAACGAAAGCAUGGAGCCUAUAUUGCAAAGAUGUUAUCGCGUUUGUGCGAGCUCGAAUCCAGUUGGAGCAAGAUCAUGCUCGAAAAGUUCAAGCACUCGUUGAUGCUUCGAGACGCGACAUUAGCAAGCCGUUUAUGCCUCUUCGCGAGAUAUUUGAGAAUUCGUUUGAUACUGAAGUCGAGAUGGUCUCACAUACAAAAGAGACUACUGAGCAUAUUCGGGAUCGAGUUGUCGAGGCACUGGAUGGUCGCAGAAAAGAGCAUGAUGCCAGCCGGAAUAGCCUAAAAAUCGAAUGGUCAAAAUCGAUCAAAUCUCUGCACGAUUGCGAAGAAGCUUAUGACAAAGCAAAAGUCGCUCUUCGUUUGAGAGAGGAAGCCUUGAAGAAGGCUCGAGAAAGCAUUUUAAGGACAGAAAGUUCUCCUCCAGAACGCGAAGCAUCUCGACGGAGAAGAGACAUCGACAAAAAGAAUCGAGCCGUUGAAGAAGCCAUGGCAAAGAAGGAUGAAGCUGAAAGACAAGUGUUGUCAAUUGCAAGCGAGCUGCGCAAAAAGCGGCGGGAUAUUGACAAAACCAAGGAAAGCGUCAUCGAACGACUCCGUGAGCUCAUAUUCCAGUGUGAGCAGACCACCAAAGCCUGUACUGUUCAUUAUUUUACGUCGUUGGCAGCAUUGUGGGCUCGACUGCCAGGAUCGUUUCACGAGUUGUCGAAUGCGACAAGGGACUAUCAGCCGGGCACUGAAUACAUGGCAUUCCUACAGACGCUUCCAACUCGUGCAGCAUCCAGUAGUAGUCUUGUCAGAUCGGAUAGGUCAAUUGAUGAAGGAGUUGCGUCAUGCGAUGGUUCGUCAUCUUUGACUUCGCUUCGACGAAAUGCGAUCAAUCCCGAUGACGAAGGUGUAUUGCCGGACACAAAACGCCAUAAGAAGACUAGUUAUGCCGGCCGUACUUUCGACAAUCACGAAAUAUCCGAAGCGGCCCACUCGCAUCACAUUCAGAGAACCGUUCAGCCGUCGAAGUGUUCGGCGUGCGAAACCCUCUCGAUAUUGUACACCGUGCAAUGUAUCGAUUGUGGCGGACAAUGGCACAAAGCUUGCUUUCCCAGGAUAACAACCAUGUGCGGACAAACUGGAAAAUCGGUCGAUCGACGAACAUCAAUAUUCGGUGUUUCACUCAAAGGAUUGCUAGAACAUCAGAAUAGGCAUAUUCCGUUGAUUCUUGAAAAGAGUAUCGAUCAACUGCAACGAAGGGGUCUUCGUGCAAAAGGAAUAUACCGAACAUGCGGGGUGAAAUCGAAAAUUGAGGAGAUUUGUAAUGCAUUUGAACGGUGUACAUCAGAAGACGAAAUCGAUUUGAGUAAUGAGAAUCCAAUGAAUUUGGCAUCGGUUGUGAAGCUUUACUUGCGAAAACUACCGGAACCGCUGCUCACUUAUGACCUUUAUGAUGAUUUUGUAAAGCUCGGUACCGAAUGUUGUGGGGCUUCGACGUCUUGUGAAGAAGACAAAGUCGAACAGCUCAAAUCAUUAGUUCGACGUCUUCCAAUUCACAAUUACGAAACUCUCAAGUUCAUUAUGAUUCAUCUAAAUCGAGUAUCCUGGUUCCAAGAUGUGAAUUUGAUGGGCGCUGCCAACCUCUCGACCGUAAUUUCACCAUCCCUUAUUUGGAUAUCGCCGAAACGAUCUGAUCAUGCGGCAGCAAUCACACAUACCCAAUAUUUGAAUAAAGCAGUUGAGGUUCUUAUCAGUAAUGCUUAUGCAAUAUUCGGAAUGGAUCGACAACUUGACUGGCAGAACUUCUUUUCGCGAUAUAGUGAUGAAGAGGAAGACGGUGGGAAUGUGUCAGAUAUCGAAGAUGAUAUUGAAGAUUUGGAUGAUCAAGAUCACACCGACGAUGAAGACGAAGACGAACAAAUUUUCCUUCCUUCAACUCCCGAUAUCUUGAAAACUACUAGGAAGCCGGUUGAGCAGACAACGUCGCUUCCAAAUGCAAAAUUGUGCGUUGAGAGACGAACAGAAAACAGUACGGUAGUAAGGAGGCAGAAUGCCGAUUCGAUUCAAAGGCGGAGUGGCGAUGCCGGCGAGAAGCGAAAAAGUUACACGACUAGCAUUGUAAUAUCGCCAAUGGACUCAUCAAUUGAUCGUAUGGAUAAAAUCCAAGUAAUCGAGCGAGAAGUUUACGAGAAGAAACCCACUAUUGAAAAUAGUCAUUCGAAGUGCUUCUCUUCGGCGAACAAAUGCGUCGUUUGCCAGCCGCGAUCAUCGACGUCGCCUGCUCUUCAGAUACAGCAUCGAGCUCUUCGCCGACAAUCGUCGCACGCCGACGAGGACGACGAAGACAAUAUCAGCAACAUCCGAAUAGUCAACGAUGUGUCGACUACAUCGCCGACGAUGACCACUAAUCUCAUUGUGUUCGCUGAUGAGUUCGAGCUGUUUCGCGACCAACCCGUCUCAUAUGUAUAG